AUGAAUAGAGCGCUAACACUGAUGAACGGUUGGCGUCUGUUACGUACACUGGCAAAAGGGUACGCGAAAGAUGGCAGUCCGUUGGAUCUAAAAAUAACUGAUCAUUGUGUGCAGCGAUUAAAAGAAGUAGCGAACAGCGAUGAGUUCUUGAGGAUAUUGGUCGAUAGUGGUGGCUGCUCGGGCUUCGAGUACAAAAUGAGCCUGGACACCAAAGUCACUGAUGAUGAUAUAAUUUUUCGUCGAGAUGACAUUAAGAUUGUUGUCGAUGAGAAAUCACUGGAAUUGCUGAAAGGCGCGACAGUUGAUUAUGCGGAAGAGUUGAUGCGCGCAUCGUUUCGUAUCGUUAGUAAUCCGAUCGCUGAAAAGGGUUGCUCCUGUGGCUCAUCGUUCGCUAUUAAAAUGGACUGA